AUGGCCAGCGCAAACCCUCAAGGUCUCCGCCCGCACAUGCAUGCAGCUGCUCGAGCUGCCACGCCCGCAGCACCGAAGCUCGGCCCUGUAUCAUCAAGAAUACUACCAAGCCUCGUGGUAAUCGGAGUGGCCUACACCGUCGGCUCCUACGUCCGAUCCCAGCUACACCACGAAGCCGGUACCAUGGACCGCAUCUUCUCGCAGCAGAACACGCCCGAGGUCGAGCGAGCGCGCAAGGCGGCCCUGCAGGUCGAGGUUAACGGCGACCCGCGAAACAACCUCCUCAACUUCUUGGGUUGGUCCCGGUGA